AUGGCGGGAGACGGCGUUGCAGAGAAGCAACUGGGGGGUGCCGACGCGUCCUCUGAGGUGCACGAGUCCAUUGAGGCCAAGGCCACGAAGCCUCGGCCGUCGGCCAUGGAGGAGGACGCCGAUGCGGACGGCGACGGAGACGAAGACGCCGAUGGCGAGGCUGAUCCUGACCUGGACGCCGACGGCGAUGAUGACAUCGAGAUGACGGACGCGGCCAUGGAGGUCACGCCCGGUGCUAGCGAUGACGCCAAGGCGGCGCAGGCAGCGGCCUUCCGGGCCAAGCGUGAUCUGCUGCACCUAAUUGAGACGACGGCGCACUACCUCAGCACAUACGAGGAAGAUGGCAUCGAGGUUGCCAGUGGCUUUCAACGCAUCCCCAACAAGCGGGUCAUCCCCGACUACUUUGACAUUAUCAAAGAGCCGACAGCCUUCAGCACAAUUCGCGGCCGCGUGCAAAAACGAGUGUACACGGACUUCACGCAGUUUGUUCGCGACGUGGCGCUCAUCUGCCACAACGCCCAGGUUUACAACCGCCCCUCGGCGCCCAUCUUCCAGUACGCCGUCAAGCUGCGCGAGAUUUUCAAGGCCAAGCUGCAACAGCUGGUCCAGGACGGCAGCAUCCAGCCCAAGGAAGCCGAGCUGCCCUACCUCGGCGAGAUCCCCGAUUUCUCGCCGUCGCCACCGGCUGACGACGACGACGAUGGCGAGCAGGACGAGGAUGAGGAUGAGGACGAAGAAGAAUCCGAGGACGACGACGACGACGACGAUGACGACGUCGAUUCGGAGACCGGUCGGCGGCGGCGGAAGGGUGGUUCUGCUGCUGCACGACACAAGCUUGUCAAGCAGAAUGGUGGUGCCAUGUCCUCCAAGAUGUACACCGCAACAGAGGGCCGCAUCAAUGCAGUUAUUGCCGGUCUGCAGAAGGCCGAGGACGAGGACGGCGACCCGCUGCUCGACCCGUUCGAGACGCUCCCCGACAAGGAGCUGCUGCCGGACUACUACGAAGAGAUCAAGAACCCCAUUGCCGUCGACAUUAUCAAGCGCAAGUCGCGCCGCAAGAUCUACCUCACCGUUGACGACGCCGCGGGCGAUUUCGAGCUCAUGUUCAACAAUGCCAAGCUGUACAACCAGGAUGGCAGCGAGAUCUUUGUCGCCGCCGUCAAGCUGCAGGCCCUCAUGCGCCGCCUGGUCGCCCAGGAGCGCCAGAAGCCUGACGACGUCUUCCGCGACCAGCACGGUCGGCUGGCUGUGCCCGGUGUGCAGCACCUCGGCCAGGUGUGGCGCAUCGGCGAUUGGGUCCUGCUGCGAAACGCCAACGACCCGAGCAAGCCCAUCGUGGCCCAGAUCUUCCGCAUGUGGUUCGACAGAGAUGGCCGUGCGUGGAUCAACGCCUGCUGGUACUACCGCCCGGAGCAGACAGUGCAUCGCUUCGACCGUCACUUUUACGAGAACGAAGUGAUCAAGACCGAGCAGUACCGUGACCACCCCUUUGAAGACGUGCUCGACCGCACAUUUGUCAUGUACCUGGAGCAAUACGCGCGCGGGCGCCCACGCGGCUACCCCCCCAACAAGACGCUCUAUGUUUGCGAAUACCGCUACAGCGAGGACACGUUCCGCUUCACCAAGAUCGCCAAGUGGGAGACUUGCGUGCCGGAGGAGGUGCGCGGCCUCGACAUUCUGAUGGAACCGUACCCGGCCCCGCGCCGCUUCCCCAAGUUCCCCAGUCCGAUCAAGCACCUGCUGCAUGCCAAUGCAAGCGAAACAGAUGCUCUGCCCAAGCCGACAUGGGGCAAUCCCAACGCGCCGCCAAUGAUCGGCUCUGUGCAUCGCCGGCCCCGGCUGCCCAAUCCCCUGCGCGCGCGCGUAUAA